CCUCCUCAGCGACGGCGGUUGGUUGAGAGUCCGCGCGGCGGAGAAGGAACAACAGAGCUGACAGCAGCACGCGACUCCAGUCACGUCAAGGAGAAGAUGGAGCAGCACACAGGCGCCGCGGAGUUCAACAUCUUGUUAGCUACUGACUCCUACAAGGUCACACAUUACAAACAGUAUCCACCCAACACCACCAAGGUGUACUCUUACUUUGAGUGCCGCGAGAAGAAGACAGACCCUACCAAGCUCAGAAAAGUCAAAUAUGACAAAACGGUCUUCUAUGGGCUUCAGUACAUUCUCCACAGAUAUUUAAAAGGACAGGUCGUCACACGAGAGAAGAUUCAGGAAGCAAAAGAGGUGUACCGGGAACACUUUCAGGAUGAUGUGUUCAAUGAAAAAGGAUGGAACUACAUUUUGGAGAAAUACAAUGGUCACCUGCCCAUCGAGAUCAAGGCUGUGCCGGAGGGAAGCGUUAUCCCUCGUGGGAAUGUGCUGUUCACCGUAGAAAGCACAGAUCCGGAGUGUUACUGGCUCACUAACUGGGUAGAGACUAUCCUGGUUCAGAUCUGGUAUCCCAUCACCGUCGCGACAAACUCGCGAGAACAGAAGAAGAUCCUGGCCAAAUAUCUCAUGGAAACGUCUGGAAGCCUGGAAGGACUGGAAUAUAAACUGCAUGACUUUGGCUACAGAGGGGUUUCCUCUCAAGAGACGGCUGGAAUCGGCGCUUCUGCACACUUGGUAAACUUCAAAGGAACAGACACCGUGGCCGGGAUCUGUGCUAUCAAGAAGUACUACGGCACCAAAGACCCGGUUCCUGGUUUCUCCGUUCCAGCUGCAGAACACAGCACAAUCACUGCCUGGGGAAAGGACCAUGAGAAGGAUGCUUUUGAACACAUCAUCAAGCAGUUCCCGUCUGUCCCCGUGUCUAUCGUCAGCGACAGCUACGACAUCUACAACGCCUGCGAGAAGAUCUGGGGUGAGGACCUGAGGGGUCUGAUCGAGAUGAGGAGUGCAGACGCCCCGCUGGUGGUCCGACCGGAUUCGGGAAACCCUCUAGACACAGUGCUAAAGGUCCUAGAAAUUUUAGGAAAGAAGUUUCCUCUGGUUGAGAACUCUACAGGCUAUAAGGUGCUUCCACCCUACAUCCGAGUCAUUCAGGGCGACGGUGUGGACAUCAAUACUUUACAGGAGAUUGUGGAGGGCAUGAAAGAGCACAGAUGGAGCAUCGAGAACAUCGCGUUUGGCUCAGGAGGAGCACUGUUGCAGAAACUGACCCGAGAUCUGCUCAACUGCUCUUUUAAGUGCAGUUAUGUGGUGACGAAUGGACUGGGCGUCAACGUCUUCAAAGACCCUGUUGCAGACCCCAACAAAAGGUCAAAGAAGGGUCGGCUUUCUCUUCACAGGACGCCGAGUGGAGAUUUUGUUACUCUGGAAGAGGGGAAGGGUGAUCUGGAGGAAUAUGGAGAGGACUUGCUGCACACUGUGUUCAGAAACGGGAAGAUUGUGAAGACGUACACCUUCGAUGAGGUCAGAGACAAUAGCAAGCUGAAGGAGAGCGAACUGUAGGAUCUUCUGCUGUGAGAGCGUCUCCCAUCAGCCCUCUCUCACACAGUUACCCCAUGCUCAGUGUACAGAUCUGUUCUAUGUUUCUGUCAACUGACUCCACUAUGCUUCAGUGUCUCUUUCUAACGGCGGAUGAGAGCAGUUAUCAUGCUAUUUAAAUCAUUUAACUGUGUAUUUGACCAAGUGUGCUACUGAUCACACGUCUUUGCAGGAAUGGAGACGUUUAUGUGCGCGUAUACCGCGAGAAGAUUUGCUUUGCUUGACUUUAGGACUGAAAGGUAAUAGUUCCGUGUUUGUUGAAUGUGAAUGUUGUGUGUAGGGUUUAUCACUUUAUCCAAGGAUUGAUCUAUUCCUUUAUGCAAAGGAGACGGCAGAACUAGAGGGACACUUUCAUUCUCUUUCAUCGGCCUUGUGUUUAUUUUAUGUCAUGUCUGGUUUUAUUUGAAAGAUGAAACCAAAAAGAGCAUGAUUAGGUCGAAUUUCACCCUAAAAUCAAGAGGAAAAAAUAAGAAACUUAAUUGUGCAUAAAGAAAUUAGCAU